CACCCAGACCCCGCGAGAAGAGAUGACCAUGACCACCAUGCCAGAAAGUCUCAACAGCCCUGUGACGGGCAAGGCGGUGUUUAUGGAGUUUGGGCCGCCCAACCAGCAAAUGUCUCCUUCUCCCAUGUCCCACGGGCACUACUCCAUGCACUGUUUACACUCGGCGGGCCAUUCGCAGCCAGACGGCGCCUACAGCUCGGCCUCGUCUUUCUCUCGACCUCUGGGCUACCCCUACGUCAACUCGGUCAGCAGCCACGCGUCCAGUCCCUACAUCAGUUCGGUGCAGUCCUAUCCCGGCAGCGCCAGCCUCGCCCAGAGCCGCCUGGAGGACCCAGGGGCUGAUUCCGAGAAGAGCACUGUGGUGGAAGGUGGUGAAGUGCGCUUCAAUGGCAAGGGGAAAAAGAUUCGCAAACCCAGGACGAUUUAUUCCAGUUUGCAGUUGCAGGCUUUGAACCGGAGGUUCCAGCAAACUCAGUACCUAGCUCUGCCCGAGAGGGCGGAGCUCGCGGCCUCCUUGGGACUCACGCAGACGCAGGUCAAGAUCUGGUUCCAGAACAAGCGCUCCAAGUUCAAGAAGCUGAUGAAGCAGGGCGGGGCGGCUCUGGACGGUAGCGCUCUGGCCAACGGCCGGGCUCUGUCUGCCGGCUCCCCGCCGGUGCCGCCGGGCUGGAACCCCAACUCCUCCGGGAAGGGCUCAGGUGGCAGCGCAGGCUCGUACAUCCCCAGCUACACGUCGUGGUACCCCUCGGCGCACCAAGAAGCUAUGCAGCAACCCCAGCUCAUGUGAGGUUGCCCGCCCAUGUCCUCCCGCUUCCUUCCCGUUUCCCCCGGCCCGGGCCCCACCCGCCUCCCGUUCCAUCCACCCCGCCCGCAAGCCCUGGGCCCCUGGAAGGGCCCAGAGGGAAAGAAGAAGCAACAGUGAAGGCGGGACACCCGCUGCCUCCUCGGGCGUCCCCUGCGGUCUGCACUGGCCACUUCCCUGACGCCCACACCCUCACCGGAACCCCGGCCUGGGCCGCGCGGUGACCACAGAGUGGCCUCCGAGCGCAGGCAAAGCCACCCGAGACAGCCAGAGCAGCAAGACGAGCCUGCUGGACACGACACGCCGACUCUCAGUUGUGAGACUAUCAGGAAACAAAACAAAACAAAAAACAAUGUAGAAAAAACAAAGAUCUUUUCUGUCCUGUUUGUCUCUUGUCUCCUUUUGCGUGUGUCUGUGCGCUGACGAAGUCGAGGUCCUCGUCCGUCGCUGUCUUCACUUUUGAGGCCUCUAAAAAAAGUCACCAGGUCAGAAGAGGUGUGCGGUUCGCAGGGCCGUCCAGUUCCGGAUACUGGGACCUUCUCCUGGGCCUGCCUAACCAUCUGAGUAUAUCAUUCUGGAAGUGGGGGAAAUUAGAGGGAGGAGGUUUUAUUUAUUGAGAAAUGGAACUUCACCUGAGGCUGCAUGUGGGCCAAUUUGUAGUUCUGUGGGGUGUGAGGAACGCACCGUCCAAAAGUACCUAUUGCUUUCAAUGCACUCAGAAAAAUGAAUAAGGAGGACCUGGUGAUUUUUAAUUUAUACAGUAACUUUUAUACGUCGCUGUUAUGGAGAAGUUGGAGCCGAAUGACCUGCAUUUUUUACGUGCCCCAUAUUAUUUUUUAAAUAAAACAAGAAAGAUAAGGAAGCCAACACAAUUUUCUCAUCCUGGGAAGAACGCUUGGUCUCUGCCUGGACAAGAAAGAAAAUCUAAUUCCUUUCUUGGAGAGAAAGAGGACCCAUGGGCAGUGGAAAGAGAAUUGGCAAACAUUAGGGAGUUCCCAAAUGCUAGUGGGCUUUAAAGUAAGACAAAAGCAGCUUUACUAGAAUCCCCAGAGGCUCCUCCACAAAAUAAUGCCAGUCACCACCUGGACACACACAGUCUCCAGUGCAGGAUCUAAUCGCUGUACAUAUUAUUAUUAAUUAUUAUUGUUAUUAUUGUUCUGUAAACAUGUUGCACAAGCUUAGCUUUUUUUCCCAUUCUGUUGUGUGGCUGUAAAACCUGAUGCUUUGUGAAAUGAGAAUCUUGACAUUUUACUUGUGAAAUUUGGAAAAUGUGAUCAAUUGAAAUCAACCUUGUCUUGUGUUCUCUAUGUCAAAGUUUAGUUUUAUAUUGAGAAUGUUAACUUAUUGCUUUGUAUCUUGGAAAAAAAAGAACUUUGUAAAUAAGUUAUAAAGUUUCUUUGAGACAGUAAAAUUAUGGUUUUGAGAAAGAACUGCUGGCUGGUGUUCUGUGUGAGGGGGUGCUAGGGGACAGGACAGGCUCCCCACCUCUGGAAACAGCGACUCCUGGUUCAAGACAUACCAGGAUAACAGGCCCCUCUGAUACGCUUCCUCUGGCCUUGCUCCAGCCCCUAAGGGGCCUGAUCCCUAUCAGGAUAGAAGGG